AUUUCCCCCGUAGCGCUCUACCUCCCCACCGCCUGCACUGAAGCGGAUGAAAACAAACACUAAGGAUGGCGGCGCCGGGCAGCGACUGGUUGCUGGCUUAGGGCGGGAGAGAUCGUUUGAGGGGUGAAGGGGAAGCUCUGAGAAAAACCAGUCGACACCAGUCCGACAGCUUUUUCAGUUCUGGGAUCCGGGAGCCUCGUUAGCGUGAGGUAUCUCUCUGCGACCUGUGCUGUCACUACCGCCCCGGAGCGCGGAACCCUCUGCCGGGAGGUGCAGCUGGCCGGCCCCAGGCCCCGGCCUCCGGAAUGAGAGCCCGGAGCCACUCUCUGUGCCGUAGCUUCGCAGGUUCCAGUAGGCAAUGGAAACUGAUCUCAGUUCCCAGGACAGAAAGGACUUGGACAAGUUUAUUAAGUUUUUUGCCCUCAAGACUGUCCAAGUGAUUGUCCAGGCUCGACUUGGAGAAAAGAUUUGCACCCGCUCAUCAUCUUCCCCGACUGGUUCAGAUUGGUUCAAUUUAGCAAUCAAGGACAUCCCAGAAGUCACCCAUGAAGCAAAGAAGGCCCUGUCGGGGCAGCUGCCUGCUGUGGGGCGGUCUAUGUGUGUGGAAAUCUCACUCAAGACUUCUGAGGGAGAUUCUAUGGAGUUGGAAAUUUGGUGUCUUGAAAUGAACGAAAAGUGUGACAAAGAAAUCAAAGUUUCCUAUACUGUAUACAACCGAUUGUCACUGCUGCUGAAGUCUCUUCUCGCUAUUACGAGGGUGACACCAGCCUAUAGACUCUCCAGGAAGCAAGGGCAUGAAUAUGUAAUUUUGUACAGGAUUUAUUUUGGGGAAGUUCAGCUGAAUGGCUUAGGAGAAGGCUUCCAGACAGUUCGAGUUGGAACAGUGGGCACCCCUGUGGGCACCCUCACUCUUUCCUGUGCUUAUAGAAUUAACUUGGCAUUCAUGUCCACCAGGCAGUUUGAGAGGACCCCACCCAUCAUGGGGAUCAUCAUUGACCACUUUGUUGACCGUCCCUAUCCCAGCUCCUCCCCUAUGCACCCCUGCAAUUACAGAACUGCUGAGGAUGCAGGAGUCACAUACCCAUCAGUGGAAGACUCUCAGGAAGUGUGUACCACAUCUUUUUCCACAUCCCCUCCCUCCCAGUGUGUGUUUACUGUCACAAAGGCACAUUUUCAGACCCCUACUCCUGUGGUGACGGACACUCUGAGGGUCCCCAUGGCAGGACUGGCCUUUUCCCAUCAACUCUCAAGCUCUCGCCUUUCCUAUCAGCCUGCUGUCCUGGGCCUUGGAUCGGCUGACCUGGCUUAUCCAGUAGUGUUUACUGCUGGCUUAAACACUACACACGCUCACCAGCUGAUGGUUCCUGGGAAGGAAGGCGGGGUACCUCUUGCUCCCAGCCACCCCACUCAUGGUGCCCAGGCUGAUCCCGAGAGACUGGUGAUGCACAUGCCUUCUGAUGGGACCCACUGUGCUGCCACGCCCUCAAGCAGUGAGGACACUGAGACGGUAUCUAACAGCAGUGAAGGACGGGCAUCACCCCAUGACAUCUUGGAGACUAUCUUUGUCCGAAAAGUGGGAGCAUUUGUCAACAAACCCAUCAAUCAGGUGACUGUGACAAGUUUGGACAUACCUUUCGCUAUGUUUGCUCCCAAGAAUUUGGAGCUGGAGGAUGCUGACCCUAUGGUGAAUCCCCCGGACUCCCCAGAGACCACAUCUCCCCUCCAUGGCAGCCUGCACUCAGAUGGCUCCAGCGGGGGCAGCGGGGGCAGCACACAUGACGACUUUGUUAUGAUUGACUUUAAACCAGCUUUUUCUAAAGACGACAUUCUUCCGAUGGACUUGGGGACCUUCUAUCGUGAAUUUCAGAAUCCCCCUCAGCUGAGCAGCCUCUCCAUAGAUUUCGGAGCUCAGUCUAUGGCGGAAGACUUGGACUCCUUACCAGAGAAGCUGGCUGUGCAUGAGAAGAAUGUCCGAGAAUUCGAUGCCUUUGUCGAAACCCUGCAGUAAAAGUGUCCCGAGUGUCUGCAGCACCCCUUCUGUGGACCCAGCAGAGAACCCUCUCUUCUUCAGCUGUUCCCUAGCAUUCAUGCUGGUUCUGGUGAAAGACAGGGCGCUUCCUCUAUGGGACCUACAAGUCCCUGCUCUUGAACUUCCUGGAGACUCAUGGCAGCAGUGAGGCCCAGUGCCUCACUUGGGGAGGACUUGGGCUGUCAAGCUGGAAGCUGGGUGUAACAGAGCCUCAGCAAGGACUGUCCUCAGCUGUUUCACAAAGGGUGUCAUCUGUUCUUUCUGCUACCAGCCUCCUGCCUGGGUCUACCCUGAGGCUGGCCCCACCUACUUGUCCUUACCAUCAACCACCUGAUAUUCCAGCUGGUGGCUGGGACGCUGGACAAGGCAGAAAGAGGAAGAAAACCUAGGAGACCAAGCUGGGCAAAGGAGGGCCCUGUGUCACUUCUUGGACUACCCCGCUCUCCCACCCUUCUCUCUCCCCGCCCCUUCCUUCUGUUUCAUUCACUCCCUUUCUCCCACCUUCUUUCUCCUUUUCAUCUCCCACCUUCCAUCCCUUGCCUUCCUAGGCCUGUGCUUUUGACAAUAUAACAGGCCAAUCUGCCUAAAAUGACAAGUAUUCCAAAGCUAGCCACCACAUCCCAAAGGCUACGACAGCCUGUUUGUAGAAUUCAUUAUUGAGAGUCACAGAAAGGUUUUUCCUCCUCGUUUUCCCUCAAUCGCUGCUGCGUGGAUGUAGACCAUGGUAAAUAUUUAUUACUUUCAGAGAAAUCAGAUAUUUUAUAGAAGUAUGUUUGGGGAAGGAGGAGGGUUUCUUCUGGGAUGUCGGCCUCCCGUGAAGAUUGCUCAGCACCUGUGCUGCUGCUGUGAGGAUACUCCUGUCACAUCUAAGGAGAGAUCAGGAAUGAUCUGGAAAAGGGCAGGCGGCCCCCUCAGGCUGCGUGUAUAGACGUGUGCAGGCGUUAGGCUUUCCCAGCACGCUGGGAACCCCAGGAAAUCUCGGGGGUGUUCAGUGUGGUGAUUCCUCAGAGUUGUGUUGCACAUGGUGCCCCAGGAGCACUGUGUAUCCUGCUGCUCAAGUCCCUGAGCCUGGAGCAGGACUAAGGAGCUCUUCCUCCCUCCUCUAAUCUCAGAGUCUGUACAUGGCCCUGCCUUUACAAGCUGGAUUGGUUCCCUUUUGAGAAACCAAAGCUGAGCUUAUGGUUGACAUAAACCUUCAGGUAUUGUUGCUUGAGUAAGUCAAGUGCCUCUGCCAGCCUGCCCUGUUGCUCUGUCCUUGGAUCCUCACUGGCAGCAGCUGUUACGCAUUGGAGCAGGUGGCUUGCAACUGCUUGUUAGUAAUCUGCAUGUAACACUGGAGCCUUUCCCCUGUGCAUGCUUUUGCUGCCACAGAGAAAUGUGCCCAGCGGUGGUGGCCAAAUGCCUUUGCAGCCUUUGGGUCAGGGGCACACUCAUGGCCUACUUAAACCAGAUUUACACACACACACACACACACACCCCGAGCCAGAACUGAAGGGGGGUGAGGGCACAGGUUCUUUGCAGGGCUCAGCCAGUGGCCUUUGCAGACAGCAACCUUUAUGUCCCAGAUUAUUAGGGAAGAGGCCAGGGAAGCUGAGCAGAGCACCCUUCAAGGUGGCCUAUGCUCUUCAGCCCUACACAAUGGAAGGGAUGGGCUCUAGACCAACUGCAGCCAAGCUCAGGCUGGGACCAGGUAAGGCCCCUUCAGUGCUUUGUUGGGAAAUGAGAGCUACACCUGGAAAUAUAAUAAUCAAGAAAUUUCCAAUAAAAAGUUUUCUGUACUUAAUAGCUUCCUAUUCCAAAUGUCUUGACAACUAGUUCACCCGUCCCACCUCUGCAUCACUGAGCCACCAACAGCUUUCAUAGGGAGCGAAGGGUGGAGCCUGAAUUUCAGAGUCCCGAGUCUCAAGGCUGUUUCAGUCUUGGGACUUAAUCAAGUAGCUAACAGCCUUGACUCUCUAGACCCUUGUAUUUCCCCAAGACAGGACUAUGUGGUUGAAUAUUCAAUGAAGAACUCCUGUAAAAUCUCCUUCGAGGGUGGGCUGCUGUUAGCAGCUUCCUAUCCCCUACAUAGUAUACUCACUACCCUAACUGCAGGACACAGAAUCCCUAGAGGGGAGGACAAGCUGCAGAGAAUGCAACACACCAUGGUGGCUGAUGUCAGGGACAGGGUUGAGGCUGAGCAAAUGAGGGAAGUACAGGGAGGCGUGACCUGUGUAGGUUUGUUCUGCUGACAGUCCAGCAAGGGCAGUGGACUCUGGAGUGCCAAAGAGCAGUAGAGCCCAGCAAUAAUUAGGUCUGAUGUACACACAUGCACCCCAGCUAUGGGUACACACCUAGUGCACACUGCAGAGCCAAUGUAUACAUAGUUCUGGAUGCAAAAGUCAACUAGAUAUUUGUGUAGGCUCGUUCCCCUGCACCCUAGUCAAGUCCAGCCCAAGGACAACAGUGGGACCAUCAGGGAAUUGUAAAUCAGCCUGAGAAUAGAGCUGAGUAGAAUGGAGUCAGCCCACUUUGCCAGUAAAAGCCUGGGUGCCCUUGUAAAUUGCAUCUGAUUCAGACCAUAACACUUGAGCACACAGCCAAACAACACAGCUGUCCAAUCUGGGUCAGCAAUGGUAGUAACAUGCUUGCUGAGCCUCCUUUGGCUGGAGUCUCCAGCUGCUCCAUGGCCAACAAUGUGUCUGCUUCUUAAAACCACCUUGGCCUGAGAGGCCUUGUUGCCAAGGUUUUGUUUACUAGCACCUGAGUAACUGCAGAGGCCCUGCCAAGAUCCCAACACAAAUAAACAGCUCUCCCUGGCACUGCUGUUUUUCUGGGUCACUACCCCAAACAGUUCCAGUGUCACCAAGCCUACAGCUGAGCAUUGCUACAAGAAAUUAAACCACCAGAGCCUUGUGUCUCAAGGCACCUG